UAUAUAAACCGUUUGGUUGUCCAUUCAUUACACCACUUGUCGCAAACACCAUAAUGGGGGGAACAACCACUUUAGUUUGCUUGCUCCUGGCUGUGACAGCGGUUUUGGCUGACGUGAGCAUAUUGUCCAAGAUAGACAAAGCACUUAACCACGUCGGGUCAAAAUGGGACACCAAGGAUAAUGCUGUCAGGAAUGUCACCGGGUCCUGGAAUGCAACUAAUACUCCAGAAUGGAACGCGACUACCACAACCCCCGUGCCUACUUGGAAUACCACAGUCUGGAAUGUCACACAAACCCCAGUGUGGAAUGUAACCAACACUCCAGUUUGGAAUGUAACUGAAACACCAGUAUGGAAUGUCACCAACACCCCAGUGUGGAAUGUAACUGAAACACCAGUAUGGAACGUCACCAACACCCCAGUGUGGAAUGUCACCAACACCCCAGUGUGGAAUGUCACCAACACCCCAGUGUGGAAUGUAACUGAAACACCAGUAUGGAAUGUCACCAACACACCGGUAUGGAAUGUCACCAACACCCCAGUGUGGAAUGUCACUGAAUCUCCAGUAUGGAACGUCACCAACACACCGGUAUGGAAUGUCACCAACACCCCAUUUUGGAAUGUAACUGAAACACCAGUAUGGAAUGUCACCAACACCCCAGUGUGGAAUGUAACUGAAACACCAGUAUGGAACGUCACCAACACACCGGUAUGGAAUGUCACCAACACCCCAGUGUGGAAUGUCACCAACACCCCAGUUUGGAAUGUAACUGAAACACCAGUAUGGAACGUCACUAACACCCCAGUGUGGAAUGUAACCAACACCCCAGUUUGGAAUGUAACUGAAACACCAGUAUGGAACGUCACCAACACACCGGUAUGGAAUGUCACUAACACCCCAGUAUGGAAUGUAACUGAAUCCCCAGUAUGGAACGUCACCAACACACCGGUAUGGAAUGUCACCAACACCCCAGUCUGGAAUGUCACACAAACCCCAGUGUGGAAUGUAACAAACACCCCAGUGUGGAAUGUAACCAACACUCCAGUUUGGAAUGUAACUGAAUCCCCAGUGUGGAACGUCACCAACACACCGAUAUGGAAUGUCACCAACACCCCAGUUUGGAAUGUAACUGAAACACCAGUAUGGAAUGUCACUAACACCCCAGUGUGGAAUGUAACUGAAACACCAGUAUGGAACGUCACUAACACCCCAGUGUGGAAUGUAACCAACACCCCAGUUUGGAAUGUAACUGAAACACCAGUAUGGAACGUCACCAACACACCGAUAUGGAAUGUCACCAACACCCCAGUUUGGAAUGUAACAGAAACACCAAUAUGGAAUGUCACUAACACCCCAGUGUGGAAUGUAACUGAAACACCAGUAUGGAACGUCACCAACACACCGGUAUGGAAUGUAACUGAAACACCAGUAUGGAACGUCACCAACACACCGGUAUGGAAUGUAACUAACACCCCAGUGUGGAAUGUCACCAACACUCCAGUUUGGAAUGUAACUGAAACACCAGUAUGGAAUGUCACCAAUACACCGGUAUGGAAUGUCACCAACACCCCAGUGUGGAAUGUCACUGAAUCUCCAGUAUGGAACGUCACCAACACACCGGUAUGGAAUGUCACCAACACCCCAGUUUGGAAUGUAACUGAAACACCAGUAUGGAAUGUCACCAACACCCCAGUAUGGAAUGUAACUGAAACACCAGUAUGGAACGUCACCAACACACCGGUAUGGAAUGUCACCAACACCCCAGUGUGGAAUGUCACCAACACCCCAGUUUGGAAUGUAACUGAAACACCAGUAUGGAACGUCACUAACACCCCAGUGUGGAAUGUAACCAACACCCCAGUUUGGAAUGUAACAGAAACACCAAUAUGGAAUGUCACAAACACGCCGGUAUGGAAUGUCACCAACACCCCGGUAUGGAAUGUCACCAACACCCCAGUGUGGAAUGUAACUGAAACCCCAGUGUGGAAUGUCACUAACACCCCAGUGUGGAAUGUCACUAACACCCCAGUGUGGAAUGUCACACAAACUCCAGUGUUAAAUGAAACCAACACUCCAGUGUGGAAGACAAUUAAAAUUAUUUUGGAACUACGCCAAUGAUCAAGACGAUCUAACUUCACCAUGUUACAUAAUCAUUAAAAAUAGAUAUCAUUAUGCGAGAUGGGAUAAAUACAGCUUAACUAUAACUACAACUUUCUUACGUCUUAUUUGAAUAGUGUAAUUUGUACUACCAUACUACCGUUCUAUUCAUAAAUAAAUAAAAUUGUUGUUACACCCAAUGUUUCUCGCUCACAUUGGCAUUGGUACAAACAAGAGUGAAGAUAUAAAAUACGUAUAUUAAGGAACAAUUUAGUGUUAUACUUACUCUACACUACUACUAGUCUACUCUUAGUAUGUAUUUCUUCAAGGAUUUAUAGACUUGUAAGACUUAAUGCUUGUGUAAGAGUGCACCAUCUAGCAUUGUUCAUAUUAGAAAUCAUCUUUUCAUUGUUAUGAAUAAAAA